AUGUAUGCAAGCGAAAUCACCAUGCAACCGACGGAACCCUUCUCUCCAAUAACGACUUCCCGGGCAAAGGCCUACGCCAGACAGAUAGACAGAGCAGCCGCAGACUACCGAGCCGCCACAGAGCAACAGACAACUGCCAAACGCCUGUCUGCAGCAAUGGACGAAGAGCCCAAUAUGGAGCCGUACAACGGUGCAGAUGAGGAAACACCCAUUCAGCCUUCCUCACCAAUCGAGGAUGACGACGACCCAGCUUUCUCUACUCGGCCUUUGGGGAGUAUAUUCGACCGUGCUCCCACACCCGUGAACGAGCAGAUGGUCCCCGACCAACUCUCCCCCAAGAGGAUGAAUGAGAGACCCGCGGACCAGUUUGCUCACCCGGUCAUAAGAGAGGGAAAUGCCUUGGAGACGUUUUCUCCGAAAAUGAAGGAGCCUUUGGAAGAGACACCUGAGGCCCCGUCUUAUGAGUCAAAGGGAGGAGUCAAGUUUUCAAGGCCGUCCGAGAAAGAUGAACAGAAGCCCACCGAGCCUGUUAUUUCAGAAACGCGGAAUAAGAUACCUGCAGAACCGCUGUUCUCGGCAAUGGACGAGCAAGAGCAGGAGCAAGACCAAGAUCGGCCAGUCGCGAGGCCUUCACUCCUCGAAAUAACUGGUAAAAAGCCGGGAAAACCAUACUCGGCGACCAUGGAUGACCAAACUUGGAUUCCCGCCUCAAUGCGCGCCCUAUACUUCUCGCUCGGUCCGGCAAGCAACAACAAUGACAAUGCCGUCACUCUUCCGGACAGUCUGGGAAAAUCGAGCAUCGUCGGAAAUGCAACCUUCACUUCAAUGCCAGGGACAGGACUCGUUCUCGACACCGGAUUUCCAACUCCACAGCCUUCAGCACACCAGUACCUUCUCAAGGUCCAGACGGCUGCAUUUUGUCAAGACGAGCUGAAUCUCGCGCAUGCACUCAAUCCUCCCAAGACAACUCCACAAAUUCCUCUUCACAGUAUCUGCGGAACAGUCAUUAGCAGCCCAACGCAAGAUCAUGAUCGCCCGUUAGGACCGCGGUACAAGGUUGGUGAUAUCGUCUUCGGUGUCCUGAGUUAUACGCGGGAUGGGGGCGCUGCGGACUAUGUCAUUGCAAACGAGGGCGAACUGACCCUCAAGCCGAAGAGCAUUAGUGCGUCUGAGGCAGCAGCGCUGGCUUUGCCUGCUUUGACGGCCUGGCAGGCGCUUUUCCGUUAUGCUGGGUUAGAUCCCGAUGAUCCGUACCGCGGCAAUGGGAAAGGGAAUGGACACACGCAGAAAAAUGGGAAUUCGAGCAGUGCUAGUAGUGGGCAUGGAAGUGGGCAUGGAAGUGGACAUGGAAGUGGACGAAGCAGCGGUCAUAGUAGUGGUCAAGGGUUUGGGUAUGGAUGGCGCAGGAAAAGCCUCGAUCUGAUUCAAGGGAGGGGGCUCCGGAACAGCAUCUUCGGUGGGAAUGGGAAUGGGAAUGGGAAUGGACACAGCAGAACCGGGAGCUCGCUGAGUGGGAGCGGAAGUGCUAAUGGCAACGGAGGUGGUUGGCGGAAGAAAAGCAUCGAUUUCCUCAACGGCCAAUUCACUAAUGGGAAUAGCUUCAAGAAAAAGGCUCCACUGCGGGUCCUUGUCACCAACGCCCGAGACAGCGAAGUCGGUCGUAUCGCCGUCCAACUCCUCCGUGCAGACAAGUUAUUCCCUGAGACCACCCGUCCGUGGAUCUGUGUUAGUUGCACGGUGGCGGAGGAAGCGAUUAUUCGAGAACGGUGGGAUGUGGACGAAAUCCUCAUAAUCCCGCAUCUCCCAACGAAAAGCGAGUGUGAUCUCGGCACCAUGUUCCGCGAGCGACGACUGCAUCCUGUCGAUAUUGUGCUGGAUUGUACGGGGGCGAAGUCUUUCGACAGGCACAUUCUCCGUCUGUUGUCAAGGAUCAUGGGUCUGUUUUAA